UGUACAAGUGUUUCUAUUCAUUGGAUUUUUACUGACAUGCAAUUUGCAUGCUGCGAGCUCGAGCUCACUUCUUUUGCUUGCAAGCGCUCUCGCGGCCUCAGAUUAGAUCAAAUGCUACCUUGACAUAUUUCUCAUUCACCCCAUGUGCUUCCAAACCCAGUUGCCCUAGUUUCCUUGCGCGACCCCAUCGCGCGUACCAUACCGCCUGGCGCCCGGGCACAUUUAGGCUCGACCAUAACCACAUAGAUAUGCAAAUACAGGCGUUGGGCUCGCUGCAUCAGCAAACAGCGUCUGGCCACGCCUACAGCGGAUGGCCCACGCGUGUGGCCCGGAGGGCUGUGUCUCGGGCUGCUCCUUGGGGCACAUCGGCCUCGCGCCCCCUCGCCUCCGGCGUCUAUGGAGCGCAGACAGCGGCUGCUGCUAGCAGCGCCACCACUACAGCGCUGGUUGGCAGCGGCGCCGCCGUUUCCAGCGCCUGGGCUAGCUCACGACCAACUGUGAUGAGGUAUCCGUGCACUCCCAGCAGCACGCCGCAGCGCCCCGCUCGCCUGCCAGCUUCCGGCGCCGGCGCCACCUGGGCUGGGCUGCCAUCAACACCUGCAGUCUCAGUUGGCGCACCAGGCCUCAGCCCCGCGCUCUGCAACCGCAGGCGCGCCGCUGGCAUCGCCGGCCUUGGGAGCCUCAGCGGUGGCCAGCGGCGGCCCGCGCUCGCCACAGCCGCAGCCGCCGCGGCGUCAGCGCCGGCGGCCUUGGCUGGUGCCGGCGGCGGAGCCGGCGCGAGGGCCAUCCGUAGUGAUUCUGACGCCGGCGAUGCCAGCAGCGACAGCGUCCCUGUUGUUAGCGGCAAUAGUGUCGGCAGUAGCACCGGGACCGGGGUGAAGCUACAGCCGGUGGACUACAGUACGCUGGCGGCGGCGGUGGCGGAGCUGCGGGCGGGCUGGGUGCCGGCCAAGGUGGAACAGGUGUUGAUGCCCGACAAGACCAGCUUGUGCUUGCGCCUGCGCACGCCGGCCGGCCAGGGCUGGCUCCGGCUGUGCUGGCACGCCGCCUCGGGCCGCCUGGCGAUGCUGGACCCGCGGGACGGUCCGGAGCGCGGCAGCGCCACCGAGUUGUACAGCCUGGCCGAGCAGGUCCACUCCGCCCUGACGGGUCUGGUGCUGGUGGGGGUGGAGCUGCCGGCGGCCUGGGAGCGGGUGGCGGCGCUGAGGUUUGGCACGCGGCCGGGCGAGCCACCCAGUCACAGCCUGUACCUGGAGAUCAUGGCUCGGUACAGCAACCUCGUGCUGGCCGGCUCACAGAAUGAGAUCCUGGCAACCGCCUACCAGGUGGGCGGCAUGAUGUCCAGCCACCGGCAGGUGCAGGUGGGUCGCAGCUACAGCCUGCCGCCACUGCUGUUCGGCGUGCCGCCCUCGCCAGCUGCUACGGCCGCCGCCGCCGCGGAGUGGCGCCAGACGCUCACGCGUGCCGCCGCCAUGGCCGCCGCCACCGCGGCCGCUACAGCCGCCGCGCGGCAGCAGCGCAAGAAGGGUGCCGGCGGCGGCGGCGGCAGCGCAGCCGCUGCCGCUGCCGCCGCCGCGCCUCCUGAGGAUGCCAGCCGCGACCCGGCUGUAGCAGCGGACUCAGCAAAUACAGUAAUAGCAGUAGCAGGCGUGGCGGGGGAGGGGCGCCUGAUGGACGGGUUCGUUCGGGCCUUCCACGGCGUCAGCCCGGCCCUGGUGGAGGAGCUAUGUGUGGCGGCGGGGGUGCCGGGCGCGGCGGCGGCGCCGCCGAGCAGCCUCAGUGAGGGCCAGUGGGCGGCGCUGCAUGGGCAGUGGCUGGCGUGGCAGCGGCGGCUGGCGGCUGGCGAGUUCGCGGCGUCAUCGGAUCCAGCGACCGGCAGGUACUCGGUGUUCGGCUCGCUCCCCGUGCGCCACGCCUCCGUACACGCCCUGCUGGAGCAGUACUACGGCCCCGCGGCGGCGGCGGAGGCGGCGGCGGCGCUGCAGGCGCGGCUGGCGGGGGUGGUGGCGGCGGCCCUGAAGAAGACGCGGGGAAAGGUCCGCGCCUUCCAGCAGCAGCUGUCUGACUCGGACGCGGCGGAGGGGGUGCAGCGUCAGGCCGACCUCAUCACAGCCAACCUGUACCGCAUUCCCGCCGGCGCCUCCUCCGUGACGGUUGAGGACUGGGACACUGGCGCGCCGUUGACCCUGCCGCUGGACCCGCUGCAGCCGCCCGUGGCCACAGCCGAGGGCCUGUACAAGAAGGCGCGCAAGCUGCGGCGGGCGGUGGACGCGGUGGGGCCGCUGCUGGCGGCGGCGGAGGAGGAGGUGGCGUACCUGGAGGAGGUGGAGGUGGGCCUGGCAGGCCUGAAGCAGUGGAGCGGUGACGCCGCAGACAUGGCCGCACUCAGGGAGGUGCAGGACGAGCUGGUUGCCGGCAAGUACAUGAAGCCGCCAACGGACGCCGCCCUGGCAGUGAAGACAGCAGCCAAGGCCGCGAAGGCCGCACAGCGCAACGCCACACGCAGCGGCGGCGGUGGUGGCAAGAAGGGCGCCUCCGGCGGCGCAGGCAAGAAGAGCACUGCUGCUGGUGCUGCUGGUGGUGGCGGUGGCGGGGCGGCAGCGGCUGCGGCUGCGGCGGGUGGCGGCGGCGACACGGCGGCGGCGCGGCGCUACACCAGCCCUGGCGGUUACACGGUACUUGUGGGGCGGAACAACAAGCAAAACGACGUGCUCAGCACUCAGGUUGCCGCGGAUGAGGACCUGUGGUUCCACGUGCGCGGCAUGCCGGGGUCGCACGUGCUGCUGCGCACCGCGGCCGGGGCGUCCCCACGCGGCGCUGGUGGUGGCGGCAGCAGCGGAGGGAGGCAGGGCCCGCAGCAGCCCAGCGACGCCGACGUGCAGUUCGCAGCGGACUGCGCCGCGUUCUUCAGCAAAGCCAAGGACAGUAUCAAGGUGGAUGUGGUGAUGAGCAAAGGCGCCUGGGUGCGCAAACCCAGGGGCGCCAAGCCGGGCGCGGUGCAGGUGACGCGCGAGCUGGGCAAUGUGGUUGGGCGGCCCGGCGGCUGCCCUGCAGCGGCACUGGAGAGCACGUAGCUGUGCUUGUUCACGGUACGAUAAAAAGAAGGCCAGGCAAGCGCAAUGAGCAAACGCGGCAUUGAUUUGGCAUGGACUAGGGCGCAUCCGUCGCUGCUUUUGGUGGUUGCGGUGGUAAGUUUUUCUCUUUUCUGCGUAACGGGUGCGUGCAGGGGGUGCUGUGAUGGCGUGGCCAAGGCUUGGUGAUGGCCAUCAGUACCAUGAUGGCAAAAUAAGGUUUCCGGUACUCUGCAGAUAGGUGAAUGUGUGGAGUGCAAACGUUUCUUGUAAGCCAAGCGAAGACACUGUUCCCUCCACUUUUACACUUGAAGGGCAGAGCCGGAUGGGCAUUGCCCGUAUCUUGCAGAGAUGUCCAUGCAUGUAUUAGUGAUGGAGUGUGUUUGCGUUGAGUGUGCAUGGCGAAAGGGGUCGCGCAAGCCGUGUCCGCAGGCUCGCCGGAACCUGCCGUGGUGCUAUCGCCUGGCUGGGCGCCCAGAGCGUGAGGAUUGCGCGUCAGCAAACUCUGUGAGCCAGCCAAUUCGAUACCUC